AUGGAGCAAAUAAAAGCUCUGAAUGCUUUGGAGCCCUUCCUAGCUCUCACUAAAUCUGCAACCUCACCCAGCGCCGCCAUCGAUCUCAUCACUCGCGCGACCGCAGCACCAGGAACCUACAUAUUCACCGAACUUCUCCUCACUCCCCAAAUUCAAGCCCUCUCCAACGCCACGUCAGAGCAAGCAGCCUAUCUUUCCCUCCUCAAAAUCUUCAGCUAUGGCACUUUCACCGACUACACCAGCGACCCCUCUCUUCCCACCCUCUCCCCAGCCCAAACCCUCAAACUCCGCCAACUGUCCUUCCUCACCCUAGCCAAAAAUCCCUCCGAUCUUACAUACCCCAAGCUGCAAUCCGCCCUCUCCCUCUCCACGACUCGCGAUCUCGAGGACCUCGUCAUCAGUGCCAUAUACGCCGGCCUCAUAAACUGUACUUUGGACCCCUACAACCAAACCGUACUCGUAUCCUCCGUCUCGCCCCUCCGCGAUCUUCCCCCCUCUACAAUCCCAUCCAUGCUCUCGACGCUCUCCGCUUGGUCCGCCCGCUGCACCAGUACCCUCUCCUCCCUCGAAUCGCAAAUUGCCUCUAUCAAAGCCGAAGCCCAACGCCGUCACCGAGACGAACAAGACUGGAACACCCACGUCGAAUCCCUUCUCGUAACCCGACCUCAUGCCGAAAACCUUCCUGCAUUGACUGGCCCUGGAGCGAGUGGCCCUGCAUCGACUGGCAUCAUGGGAACUUUACACAGUUUUACGGGCAGAAUGACGAGAUCAUCUGGAAAACGCAAUGCAGGUGUUUCGUUGGAGGAUUUGGAUGGUGAUAAGGAAAUGGAUGAUGUGGACACGAUGGGUGGUCAGCAGAUCAAGGAUACGCGAAGUGCGAAGAAGAGGGGCUUUGGUGGACUGGGAUUUGGGAACCCAGCAGACCUUGGCUCACUAGACCAUAGCACAGAUGCCAUUGGAAAUAUCGGCAUGGAUAUCAACCAAUGA